AUGCCCUCCGGCCUCUUUUACGACUUCUUUAUCGUAUUCUGGCGGCUUGCCGUCCUCAACAUCUUCUUCCGCGAGAUCCGGCCGCGAGGCGCCUGGAAUAUCCCGAAGAAGGGCCCACUUCUCUUCAUUGCCGCCCCUCAUGCGAACCAGUUCCUCGACCCCCUAGUCCUCUUCAGCGAGGUUAGGAAAGAGUCUGGCCGCCGGGUGUCCAUGUUGACUGCCGCCAAGUCCAUGGACCGCAAGUUCAUCGGCGCCGUUGCUCGUGCAUUCCAUUCCAUUCCCGUCUCGCGUGCUGCCGACUACGCCAAGACUGGAACCGGCAAGGUCAUGCUUGACGACUCUAACGGCCUCAUCGUCCGCGGCGUCGGCACCACGUUUACGAAACAGGUCCAGCCCCGGUCGCAGAUCCUCCUGCCCAAGUCGAUAGGUUUUGCCCAGGCCGCGAUCGACGAAGUCAUUUCCGACACUGAGCUCAGACUCAAGAGCGAGUUCACGGUGCCCUCAAAGGACGGCAACUCAAACGUCAAGGCCACCAGUCGCGUCCGCACAUACUGCGCCAAUAAGGACGGAUCCGGAUACAAGCUCCUCCCGCACGUUGACCAGGAGCAGACUUAUGGUGCCGUCUUUGACACUCUUAACAAGGGCAACUGCAUCGGCAUCUUCCCCGAGGGAGGUUCGCACGACCGUACCGACUUCCUUCCUCUCAAGGCGGGCUUCUCCAUCAUGGCUCUGGGCGCAAUGGCUGCCAACCCGGACCUUGACGUCAAGCUCGUUCCCGUCGGCCUGUCGUACUUCCACGCCCACAAGUUCCGCUCCCGUGCCGUCAUCGAGUUUGGUGCACCCAUCAGCUGCACGCCGGAGCUCGUCAACAUGUACAAGGAGGGUGGAGCCAAGAAGCGUGAGGCGUGCGGCAAGCUCCUCGAGCAGGUCCACGACGCACUCCGCACUGUCACUCUCCGUGCGCCCGACUGGGAGACCCUCCAGGUUGUCCAAGCCGCCCGCCGCCUCUACCGCGUUCCCGGCCAGAGCCUCACCCUCGGCCAGGUUGUCCAGCUCAGCAAGCACUUCAUGGAGGGCUAUCUCCACUACCAGCACGACCCUCGCGUUGUCGAGCUCCGCGAACGCACCCUCGUGUACAACCGCAAGCUUCGCGACAUGGGCAUCGCCGACCACCAGGUCGAGCGCGCUUCCAACACCUCGGUCCGCUCGCUUCUUCUUCUCAUCUACCGCACUGGUCUCCUUCUCUGGUGGGGUCUGCUGUCGCUCCCUGGUGGUCUUCUCCACGCUCCCGUCUUCACUCUAGCCAAGAUCAUCUCGCACCAGAAGGCCAAGGAGGCCCUCGCUGCGUCCACUGUCAAGAUCCAGGCUCGCGACGUGCUCGCCACCUGGAAGGUGCUCGUGUCUCUUGCCAUUACGCCGCUUCUCUACCUCGUCUACGCUCUCGCAGCCCAGGUAAUCGCAUACAAGUACGACCUCAUCCCCGAAUACCGUCGCUACCUUCCGCUGUUCAUGUUCGCCUUCCUUCCCUCGCUCGGUUACAGCGCUCUGAAGUUUGGUGAGGCUGGCAUGGACGUCUUCAAGUCCCUCCGGCCUCUAUUCCUCUCGGUGUGGCCGUGGAACCAUCACGAGAUCGACACGCUCCGCACCAUGCGCGAGGAGCUGUCGGAGGACAUCAACGAGGUUAUCGCCGAGUUUGGCCCCAAGUUGUACGACAACUUUGAGAAGUCACGCUACAUGCCGUCCGCGAAGUCGCCCCGCUCUCGUGUCAACAACGACUCUGUCCUCUCGCACCCGAUCAACUGGCUCGACGACCGCAUCUUUGGCUGGAACCGCCGCGGCUCGGCCGUGCAGGCGUGGGAGAAUGCCUCGACCGGUGCCCGCUCCGAGCCUGGCACGGCUCCCGGUUCGCCGCGCAUACCUGGCAGCCCGCGCGAUUCGGAUGACGAGGAGGAGGCGGACGUCGACUACGACGACAUCCUCGCCGUCGUCGACAUGUCUGGUGGUCGCGGUGCUUCGUCGCCCCGCCGCCGUGCUGGUCGCUCGUACUCGGACCUCACGCAGAUGCGCAAGAAGGAGGAGGAGCUGAGCAACACCGAGGCCCUCCAGUCCGACUACCUUGCGCCUGACGCUGUGCCCGAGCACGUCCUCAAGUCGGACCUUGCGAGCUCCAUCAAUGAGGAAGCGCCGGGCCUUCACCAGCGCAAGCCGUACCCUCCUAAUGGCGCCAACACCACUGGCAGUGCCCUCGGCCUCGACAGGGGCGAGUGA